UGUUCGAACUUCUUCAGUCUUUCAAUUUUUGCCAUGCUCAGGGUAAAAUCUUGGACGAUGUCGUGUAUGUGACUCUCAUCAGUCACUGAAGCUUUUUGACCGAAAAGUAAAACCUGGGCAUAAUUUUGUGUGUUUAUUGGUAAGAUGGCUUUGACAUUCCUUAGAGGGAUACAACUUAAUCCUUCUAUGUUAUACCCAUCUUCAUAUUUUGCAAGAAAACAUGGUGUUUUGUUUUGUUGUAUGAGAAGUGCACAAAUACAAACUGCAACCCAAGAAAAGGAACAGCCCAAAUUGAAAGUUUCCACACAAAACCAAUCCAAAACAGUUGAUAAAAUUCUGAAAGACUAUGAGGCAGUUAUAGGCAUAGAAACACAUGUUCAACUUUCUACUCUUACUAAGGCCUUUUGUAGCUGCCCUUAUAACUAUGGUUCUCCACCAAAUACCAGUGUUUGUCCUGUUUGUAUGGGUUUGCCUGGCGCAUUGCCGGUUUUGAACUCAAAGGUGAUUGAGUGUGCAGUGAGAGUUGGCCUUGCACUUAAUUGUAAGCUGUCUCUGAGUUCCAAGUUUGAUAGGAAGCAGUACUUUUAUCCUGACCUUCCAAAAGGGUAUCAAAUAUCACAGUUUGAUAUCCCAAUUGCUAGCGGCGGAUAUCUUGAUGUGGAUCUUCCAGUUGAGUUUGGCGGUGGCCAUAGAAAGUUUGGCGUUACCAGGGUGCAUAUGGAAGAAGAUGCAGGGAAGCUGCUUCAUACCAACGGUGGGAGUUACUCGCAGGUUGACUUAAAUAGGGCGGGAGUUCCACUGUUAGAAAUUGUCUCUGAGCCAGAUAUGAGAACUGGUAUUGAAGCCGCAGAAUAUGCUGCAGAAUUGCAAAGGUUGGUCAGGUAUCUGGGAGUGAGUAACGGGAAUAUGCAAGAAGGAUCACUUCGCUGUGACGUCAAUAUCUCAGUUCGUCCUAUUGGGCAGUUAGAGUUUGGUACAAAGGUGGAAAUUAAAAACUUGAACUCCUUCUCAUCGGUGAGCAGGGCCAUUGAUUAUGAAAUUUCAAGACAGGUGCUUCUACAUAGCCAAGGCCAGGUUGAUCAAAUUGUACAGGAAACUCGUCUAUGGGAGGAAGGUGCUCAGAAAACAGUAACAAUGCGGAAAAAAGAAGGACUUGCUGACUAUCGUUAUUUCCCUGAACCUGAUCUUCCUGGAGUUACUCUCACCGAGGAGUAUGUGGACAAUAUCCGUAAAUCAUUGCCUGAAGUUCCAGAAGCUAAGCGUCGGAGGUACGAGAACAUGGGCCUAAGCAUGCAAGAUGUCUUGUUUCUCGCCAAUGACAUGAAUAUUGCAGAAUUUUUUGAUGCAACAAUUGCAGCAGGUGCUGAUGUAAAGCUUGCUGCCAAUUGGAUUAUGGGUGAUAUUGCUGCAUACAUGAAAAAUGAAAAAGUGACUAUCAAUGAGAUUAAACUUACCCCUCAAGAACUUGGGGAGCUCAUAGCUUCCAUUAAAGAUGGGACUAUCAGUGGAAAGAUUGGAAAGGAGAUUCUAUUUGAGCUAAUGGCCAAGGGUGGAACUGUCAAGGGACUGAUAAAAGAAAAGGAUUUGGUUCAGAUUGUUGACACUGCGGAGAUAGAGAAACUGGUAGAUAAGGUGAUUGCGGAUAAUCCAAAGCAGCUAGAACAAUACCGUGGUGGUAAAACUAAAUUGCAAGGUUUUUUUGCUGGCCAGGUGAUGAAGGAAUCUAAAGGCAAAGCAAAUCCAAAACUUUUGAACAAAAUCCUAUUGGAAAAAUUAAAUGCCACAAGCUGAAGUUGGCUUCUGUCUGAUCCCGUACGAACUCUAUUUAGUUCUUUCUUUUCCUGGUCAAUAUAUGCAGUACUAGACCUUUGCUUCCAUCUCUUAUCACAUUGCUCAUGUUCCAUACGCUGUGAUUGGGUACUGAUGAAGAAGCGGCAUAUUAAUUGGUCAUAAUCUUGAUAUUUCAAAUUAGAAGUGGAAGGACCAGAAAUGUGCUUCUAGAUCAUUUGCAUAUCGUCAGCACUGAGGAAGACAAAUUUAGCAGAGAUAGGAUAGGUCAUUACUUUCGAGAUUUUUUUGAACUAGUUCUUAUUAAGUACAACUUUGGUAUAAUUUCAAACUGCCAAGCUUCUGAUUUAUGUACUAUCAUCAGGGGGAAAUAAGCUACUUGUUAAUGCAAUUGUAGCUGCUACUCUCUUCCUUCAAGUGUAAUUAAAGUAUGCAGUUUUUUAUGGAUUCAAUGUCAUUUCCAUGUUUCUGUUGAUGAA